CUUGAGCUCAACAGGUAAACAAUCAAUUUGCAAGUGUAAAAUUGUUAACACAUUUUUAAGUUAGUAACAAAAUUUCAGGUUAUGGCUGAAAUCUCGUGUUACCAUUCCCUCCUGUACGAUGCAAUCAAAGUCAGCCAUUGGAUAACAAUCCGCAGACUAUUAGAACGUCUGGACGUAAACAGUGUCUUAACAAAAACCGGACCUGAAGCAGGCUUCACAGCGCUCCACUUAGCCUGCUUGGAGAACAACGAACCCUUGGUAAGAUUUUUAAUUUACGAUAAUAACGCGAACGUUGAAGUACCAGCUGAUGAUGGCACCCUUCCGAUUCAUUUAGCCGGCUUACUCGGGCGCAGUAAAAUUCUAUUGGCUCUAUUUGGAGCAAGCGCUAAUAUUGACGCUAAAUUUGGGCGGGAAAUUUUCUCUAAGUACGCUAAAAAAGGCAGAUGCUUUUGGUCCGAUGAUUUUGGGGAUGAGAUAACACUGCUGACUUACGCAGUUAUAAAUGAAAAAGUGAGGUUAGCCGAGUCAUUGAUAGGUUUUGAAGCGGAUGUUAUGGUAAAGAGUAUUAAUAACAAAACUCUAUUGAUGUAUGCAAUAGAAGAUGAUAAUUACAAACUAGCUAUUGAAAUGAUCAAAGCUUGCGAAGAUUGUGAUGAUCUAUCACUUUUAGAUGCCGUUGAUAACGACGGCUUGCGUGCAAUUCAUUACAUAGAGCACAGAGAAAAGUAUCGAGAUUAUAGAUAUGAUGAAUACCAAUUGGGUUUUAUGAGGCAAAAGUAUAGUUUAGUGGAGAAGUUAAUUGAUUUGAAUGUUGAUAUCAAUGCGACUGCUAAUGGCAACUCUGAUACAUUGCUUCUCAAUAUGGCGGCGUACAGAGGAUGCGUGCCAGUUGUUAGAACUUUGAUGGCGCUGUAUGACGCUUCUGUAGAGACUGAAGCUUUGUGUUAUGCAGCUUAUCCAAUAGAAUAUCCUGAGAAAUAUUGCCGUUGGCAUGAUUUUCUGGCACUGGAUGAAGAUGUGGAACGGAACAGAGAACUUUGUAUUGAGGUUAUAGUGAAGAAUUUUACGAACCGACGCAUAUUUGGUCUACCUGUACAUCCAGAUGAAUUAUGGUAUAUGGAUAACUUGAUUGCUGAAAAUCCUAGAGUUAGAAACUUGGUGAAGAGUCAUGAGAAGGUUUUCAUUAAUAGAUUUCUCAAAGAGAAUUUUGUUCACUAUGGAAAUGAAAGUGCAACAGUUUAUGAUAUUGCGAUGAUGAUUUCUGAUAGGAGAAUGUUGAAGAGACUUGUUGGGAAUAAGGAACAUAUUGAAGCUAUUAAAAAGGCUAUUGGUGGGGUUAGGGAUUGGUACGAUUCUGAUAGUGAAGAUUGUGAUGAUGAUGAUGAUGAUUACUUGUUGUGUCUUGAUUUGGAUCCUCUGCCUGCUACUUAUAGGGGUUUUACUAAUAUGUUGAUGGAGAUUAUUGGAAAGGCUGAAAAAAAAAGCGAGCUUUUAGAUAUGCUAAGCAAAAUUGCACACCUCAAAAAAGCUAUUCCUUUGCCGUAUGAAAUUAUUUUAUGGGCUGUUGAUUAUUUGAGUAACAAGGAUUUGGAAAAGUUUGUUAAUUGUUUUUACAGUUAGGUGUAUGCAUUAAUUCGUUUUGUUAU